AUGGGGAAGCUAUGGGUUGGUGGGAUCUUUCUCUUCUUCAUUUUUGCAACCACAAACCUCUGUUCCGGUUGCUUAGAACACGACCGGCGAGCUCUUCUUCAAUUCAAAAGCAGCCUUGCAUCAUCAGACUCUACUGCUCGACGACUACCAUCUUGGACCGGAAACAAGUGUUGCCGGUGGAAAGGCGUGAGCUGCAAUGAUGCAACCGGAUAUGUCACCAGGAUUGAUCUCGGGAGUGAUCUUUUAGGUUCUCUAGAGGGAAACGAGUUGAACUCGUCUUUAGCCGAGUUGACUCGCUUGACUUAUUUGGACUUGAGUGGGCUCUAUUUCCGUAGCAGCCCGAUUCCCAAGUUCGUCGGGUCGAUGACCCAACUCCGGUUUCUGAAUCUUUGUUCCGCGGGCGUUUCUGGCGCCAUUCCUCACGAAAUCGGAAAUCUGUCGAGUUUGUGCGUGCUUGAUCUCAGCGACAUGGAUUUAGUCGUUGAUGAUGUCACAUGGUUGUCGAGUCUUUUGGCACUCGAACAUCUUGAUCUCAGCGGAUUGAGUGUUGGUGAAGUUGGAAAUUUUGAUAAGGUACUGUUGUAUAUGAUUCCUUCUUUACGAUCUUUACGUUUGUCAGGAUGUGACCUUUCCAAUUCCCAUUUCAAUCGCACACAUCUAGAUUCCAAUAUUACGGUUUCCACCAUUCAAACACUUGAUCUUAGUAGAAAUUCAUUCCAAGGAAACUUCCCUCUGUUUUUACAAGGGAAAAUGACUUAA